AUGCAUGACGCGCGCGUCGUGACACUAACGUGUCACGCGUAUGGCGCGCACUACACGCAGAUCGAAAAGGGAAGCUGCGGUGACCCUGGCAUCCCAGCUUAUGGAGCGAGAAGUGGGACCAGCUUUCUCCAUGGGGACAUGUUGACGUUUGAAUGUCAGUCAGCCUUUGAACUGGUGGGAGAGCGAACAGUCACAUGCCAGCAGAAUAACCAGUGGUCUGGCAAUAAACCCAGCUGUGUGUUCUCCUGCUUCUUCAACUUUACCACACCGUCUGGAGUGGUGCUUUCCCCCAACUACCCGGAGGAGUAUGGCAACAACAUGAACUGUGUGUGGCUGAUCAUUGCGGAGCUAGCCAGCAGGAUCCACCUGAUCUUCAACGAUUUUGACGUGGAGCCCCAGUUCGACUACCUCACCAUAAAGGACGACGGCACUGCCGACUCCACCGUCCUCGGCACUUUCUCUGGCACCGACGUCCCGUCCCAGCUGGCCAGCAACGGGCACAUCACCCGCCUCGAGUUCCAGUCAGACCAUUCCACCACCGGCCGAGGAUUCAACAUCACCUACACAACUUUCGGCCAAAAUGAAUGUCACGAUCCUGGGAUCCCAGUGAAUGGAAGACGUUUUGGUGACAUUUUCCGAUUGGGAAGUUCUGUGUCUUUCCAAUGUAAUGAAGGCUUCAUCAAAACACAAGGAUCCGAGUCAAUAACCUGUUUUAUGCAGGAUGGGAAUGUCGUCUGGAAUUCUGCAGUCCCGCGAUGUGAAGCACCAUGCGGAGGCCAUUUGACAUCACCCAGUGGUAUCAUACUCUCUCCAGGAUGGCCCAGUUUUUACAAGGACUCACUGAACUGUGAAUGGGUGAUCGAAGCAGAAGAAAGGCAUUCCAUCAAGAUAACAUUUGACAGGUUCCAAACUGAAGUUAAUUACGACACUUUGGAGAUCCGAGAUGGGCCUGCCUAUUCAUCAACCUUAAUUGGGGAGUAUCACGGCACACAAGCCCCCCAGUUUCUCAUCAGCACUAGCAACUUCAUGUACCUUCUGCUAACCACCGACAACAGCCGCUCAAGUGUGGGUUUCCAGAUUCGCUAUGAGAGCGUCACUUUGGAAUUUGAUUCCUGCCUGGACCCAGGGAUUCCCGUAAACGGGCGUCGGCAUGGUAACAACUUCUCAAUUGGAUCGACGGUGGCUUUCAGCUGUUUCCCCGGUUACACUUUAAGUGACGAUGAACCCUUAGUUUGCGAGGAUAUCCGUCAGUGGAACCAUGCUUUGCCAAGUUGUGAAGCUUUUUGCGGCGGCUCCAUUCAUGGUACAAGUGGAACCAUUCUAUCGCCCGGAUUUCCUGACUUUUAUCCAAAUUCCUUAAAUUGCACCUGGAUAAUCGAAGUGUCGCAUGGAAAAGGUGUGCAGUUGGUAUUUCACACGUUUCACCUUGAGAGCUCUCAUGACUAUCUAAUUAUUACGGAAGACGGGAGCUUCACGGAACCGGUAACAAGGCUGACAGGUUCAGCUUUGCCAUCGACCAUCAACGCGGGCCUCUUUGGAAAUUACACCUCACAGCUACGCUUCAUCUCUGAUUUCUCAGUCUCCUAUGAAGGGUUCAACAUCACGUUCUCAGAGUAUGAGCUGGAGCCUUGUGAUGAUCCCGGAGUUCCCGCUUUCAGUCGGAGAGUUGGGUUUCAGUUUGAAGUUGGAGACUCGUUGAUGUUCUCCUGUUUCCAGGGAUACAGGCUGGAAGGUGCUUCUCAGAUCUCCUGUCAUGGAGGGGGAAGGCGUGUGUGGAGUGCACCUCUUCCAAGGUGUGUGGCUGAAUGUGGAACCUCUGUGGCUGCAACGGAAGGCACGUUGCUGUCUCCAAAUUACCCAGCCAACUACGAGAACAAUCAUGAAUGCAUCUACAGAAUUGAGACACAACCAGGGAAAGGAAUCAGCCUGCAUGCUAGGACGUUUAAGCUUCGAGAGGGUGAUGUUGUCAAGGUGUAUGAUGGUCAAGAUAGCUCCUUUCGUCGCCUGGGAGUUUUUACCAGAUCCGAAUUGUUGGGCGUAAUCUUAAACAGCACUUCGAACCAUAUGUGCUUAGAAUUUAACACCAAUGGAACAGAGACUGACCAAGGAUUCGAUUUCACAUAUACCAGCUUUGAUCUGAUGAAAUGCGAGGAUCCAGGAAUCCCAAACUAUGGCUACAAGUUACGGGAUGGAGGGCACUUUGCUGACACGGUAAUCUUGUACUCCUGCAAUCCUGGAUAUACGUUGCACGGGAGUAACACCUUGACCUGCCUGAGUGGAAAUCGCAGAGUGUGGGACAACUCUUUGCCUUCGUGCAUAGCUGAGUGUGGAGGCCACUUUAAAAGUGCAGCGGCUGGGAGGAUUCUGUCUCCUGGAUACCCAGCUCCGUAUGACCACAAUGUCCACUGCACCUGGAUAAUCGCAGCUGAUCCGGGGAAAACAGUCAGCCUUCAUUUUAUUGUCUUCGACACCGAGGCUUCACAUGACAUCCUGAAGGUGUGGGACGGACCAGUCGACAGUGACAUUCUACUGAAGGAGUGGAGUGGCUCGUCACUGCCUGCUGAUAUCCACACCACAUUUAAUUCCAUCACACUCCAGUUUUACAGUGACUUCUUCAUCAGCAAGACUGGCUUCUCCAUUCAAUUCUCAACUUCAACAGCGACCACCUGUAAUGAUCCUGGAGUUCCUCAGAAUGGCACAAGGAGUGGAGACAGCAGAGAGCCUGGGGAUACUGUGACUUUCGAGUGUGAUCCAGGUUAUCAGCUGCAAGGGAUGGUGAAGAUUAUGUGUGUGCAGCUGGACAAUCGGUUCUUCUGGCAACCUGACCCUCCGACAUGUACAGCUGCCUGUGGAGGAAACGUGACCGGCCCCGCUGGUGUGAUUUUGUCGCCCAACUACCCUCAGCCUUACCCUCAUGGCAAAGAAUGUGACUGGAGAAUUAAAGUCAGUCCAGACUAUGUUGUAGCACUCAUCUUUAAAAGUUUCCAGAUGGAGCCAAGCUAUGACUUUCUUCAUAUCUAUGAAGGGGAGGAUUCCAACAGCCCACUAAUUGGCAGCUUCCAAGGAUCGCAGUCACCGGAAAGGAUAGAAAGUAGUAGCAACAGCCUUUUCCUGGCAUUCCGGAGCGAUGCUUCCGUCAGCAUGGCGGGGUUUGCCAUUGAGUACAAAGAGAAACCACGGGAAGCUUGCUUUGACCCCGGCAACAUAAUGAACGGCACGCGCAUUGGCCUGGACUUCAAGCUCGGAUCAACUGUUACCUACCAUUGCGAUGAUGGCUAUCAAUUGGCGAAUUUGGCUACAGUCAUGUGCGCCAUCGGGAAUGAAGGAAAGCCGAUUUGGAACAGGGCUCUUCCUUUUUGCAAAGCUCCAUGCGGAGGUCAACACACUGGGUCUCAAGGAGUUGUUCUUUCACCGAAUUAUCCUCGCAACUAUUCAAGCGGCCAGACCUGUUUGUACUCCAUCACCGUGCCAAAGGAAUUUGUGGUGUUUGGACAGUUUGCAUAUUUUCAGACGGCACUGAAUGAUGUUGUGGAGCUGUUCGACGGACACAGUCAACAAGCCAGGCUUCUUGGUUCUCUCUCCGGAUCACACUCUGGAGAAACUUUGCCUCUGGCCACAUCAAACCAAAUUUUGCUCAGAUUCAGCGCAAAGAGCGGAGCAUCAUCAAAAGGUUUUCACUUUGUUUAUCAAGCUGUCCCUCGUACCAGUGCUACCCAGUGCAGCUCAGUUCCUGAGCCCAGGUACGGACGAAGAAUCGGCUCUGAGUUUUCCGCUGGUUCCGUCAUCCGUUUUGAGUGCAACCCGGGAUAUCACCUGCAAGGCUCUAAGGCUAUUCGGUGUCAGGCUGUGUUCAAUGGGUUGGCACAGUGGAACGACACGAUACCAAGCUGUGCAGUGCCGUGUGAAGGAAACAUGACGGACCGCAGAGGCACCAUCCUCUCACCAGGCUAUCCAGAGCCCUAUGGUAACAGCUUGAACUGUAUGUGGAAAAUCAGGGUAACCGAGGGAGCAGGUAUACAGAUUCAAGUGAUAAGCUUUGCCACCGAACACAACUGGGACUCGUUAGAAAUAUACGAUGGUGCCGAUGAAACUGCACCAAGACUUGGCAGCUUCUCAGGUACUACUGUCCCUGCACUGUUGAACAGCACUUCCAAUCAACUCUACCUGCACUUUCAUUCAGACAUCAGUGUGGCAGCAGCCGGCUAUCACUUGGAAUAUAAAACUGUUGGUCUUACAACAUGCCCCGAGCCAGAGAUUCCAAGCAAUGGUGUGAAGUUUGGAGACAGAUAUUUGGUGAAUGAUGUGGUGUCCUUUAGCUGUGAGUCUGGCUAUACAUUGCAGGGACAAGCCCACGUUUCUUGUAUGCCUGGUACAGUGCGCCGUUGGAACUACCCACCACCAAUCUGUGUUGCUAAAUGUGGAGGGGUGCUGACUGACCUGAAGAAUGUCAUAUUAAGCCCUGGAUUUCAUGGAAAUUACCCAAGCAACUUGGAUUGUCUGUGGAAGAUUUUAUUGCCCGUUGGAUAUGGUGCAGAGAUUCAGUUUCUGAAUUUUUCAACCGAAGCCAACCAUGACUUUGUGGAGAUUCGGAACGGAGCGGGUUACACCAGUUCCCUGAUCGGCCAGUUCAGCGGAGCAGAUCUCCCACCGGCCCUGCUCAGCACCACGCACAACACCGUCAUCCAUUUCUACAGUGACCAUUCAGAGAACAAACAAGGCUUCAAGCUCGUCUACCAAGCUUACGAACUUCAAAGCUGUCCUGAUCCAACUCCUUUUCAAAACGGCUUCAUCAUCAAUUCUGGUUAUAGUGUUGGACAAUCUAUAUCAUUUGAAUGCUACCCUGGAUACCUGCUGAUUGGACUACGUGUCCUUACAUGCCAUCACGGAGUCAAUAGGAACUGGAACCAUCCAUUCCCAACAUGUGAAGCUCCAUGUGGCCUUAACAUAACUUCUCGGAAUGGUACCAUCUACUCUCCUGGCUUCCCGAAUGAGUACCCCAACUCAAAGGACUGUAGCUGGCUAAUUACUGUACCUUCUGGACAUGGGAUCUACAUUAAUUUCACUCUGCUGCAGACAGAACCAGUCAACGACUACAUUGCUGUGUGGGACGGACCCGACCAGGCAGCUUCACAGCUAGGAGUCUUCAGUGGCAACACGGCACUGGAAUCUGCGCACAGCUCCACCAACCAGGUCCUCAUCAGGUUCCACAGCGACUUCUCCGGAGGAGGAUUCUUCGUCCUCAAUUUUCAUGCCUACUGGCUCAAGAAGUGUCAACCACCACCUGUCGUUCCUUUGGCCACAGUAUUGUCUGAGGAUGAAGACUAUGAAAUAGGUGAUGUUGUAAAGUACCAUUGUCCCCCGGGAUAUACACUUGUCGGCAGUGAACUCAUGACUUGCAGACUGUUAACACAGCUGCAGUUUGAAGGCAUUCCUCCGUCUUGUGAAGCACAGUGCCCUGUGAAUGAAGUUCACAGAAGCUCAUCAGGAGUGAUAUUAAGUCCAGGAUAUCCUGUAAAUUAUCCCAACUUCCAAACGUGCUCCUGGACGAUCAGAGUGGAACCUCGCUACACUAUUUCUCUAUAUGUGGACAUGUUUCAAAGCGAGAAACAGUUCGAUGAGCUGAGCAUAUUUGAUGGGCCGACAGGUCAAAACCGAGUGCUGGUUGUUCUGAGUGGAAAUCACACAGGGAAAAUGAACUUCACCAGCACAGGAAGGCAAGUGCAUUUACGUUGGUCAACAGAUCAUGCGACGAGCAAAAGGGGAUUCAAGAUCCGAUACUCAGCUUCCUACUGCAGCAUGGACAGUGUCCCAUUGAACGGUGGGGUUGUGAACAGGACGACAGGCACACUCCACAGCGUGGUGCAGUUCUACUGUAAAGCAGGGUACCGACUGGUCGGUCACAGUAACGCUACCUGUCAACGGUUUCCCAAUGGCUUGUACCAGUGGGACUCUGCAGUUCCAUUCUGCCAAGCUGUGCCUUGCCCUCUGAUUGAGAGUGUACACUCAAGAGACAUUCUCAGGCGAUUUGUUCAUGGUUCGGCAAAUGAAUAUGGAACUAAAGUCAUGUUGAGUUGCAAACCUGGUUAUUACUUACGCGGCCACAAGUUCAUAGAGUGUCAAGCAAAUGGCACUUGGAGUGGAUUCAAUGAAAAAGCAACUUGUGAAAUUAUCUCGUGUGGUGAUCUUCCUUCCCCGCCGAAUGGCAAUAAGAUCGGCACGUUGCAGACAUAUGGGGCCACAGCAAUCUUCACAUGUAACACUGGGUACACGCUGGCUGGAUCUCAUGUCCGGGAGUGUCAAGUGAAUGGACUGUGGAGCGGAGUGGAAACCAGAUGCCUGGCUGGUCACUGCGGCUCGCCGGAUGCCAUUGUGAAUGGCCACAUCAGCGGGGAUGGUUUCAGCUAUCGCGACACGGUUGUCUAUCAGUGCAACCCAGGUUUCCGUCUCGUUGGUUCCUCCGUGAGAAUUUGUCAACAAGACCACAAGUGGUCCGGGCAGCCAGCGGUCUGCGUUCCGAUCACAUGUGGGCAUCCUGGCAAUCCAGUUCCUGGCAGAACGAAUGGCACUCAGUUCAAUCUCAAUGAUGUUGUCAACUUCACCUGCAGUAAGGGGUACCUGCCCCAGGGGGCACUGCGGGCUCAGUGUCGAGCUAAUGGGCAGUGGAGCAGCCCGGUCCCAACAUGUCAAGCAAUGAACUGUACUGAUCCUGGAUUUGUGGAGAAUGCUGUUCGGAUGGGGCAGGAAGACAACCUGCAAAGCUUCAGGUUUGGAAGCAGCGUGAUAUACCAGUGCAAAUGGAGCUUCUACCUUCUCGGCACAGCCGUACUUACCUGCCAAAUGAACGCCUUGUGGGACCGAGCUCGCCCAAACUGCUUACCUAUUUCAUGCGGUCACCCUGGAGUCCCGGUCAACGGCCAGCUUUUAGGAGACAAGUUUACUCUUGGGUCUGUAGUGCGCUACUCCUGUCGUGGGUCUCGAAGUGUGAUUGGAAAUAACACUCGCGUGUGCCAGGAGGAAGGUCGUUGGAGUGGUUCGCUCCCCCAUUGUUCAGGGGAUGAUGCUGGUUUGUGCGGUGAUCCUGGCAUCCCAGUCCACGGUUCAAGACUGGGUGAUGAAUUCAAGACAAGGAGCUUUGUACGCUUCAGCUGUGAAGCUGGUUACAAUCUCAGAGGAUCAUCGGAACGAUCUUGCAAGGCGGAUGGAACCUGGUCAGGAGCACAACCAGUUUGUGAACCUGUAUCUUGCGGGAACCCUGGAACUCCAGAAAAUGCGAAAAUAGUUUACAGCGAUGGCAUUGUGUUCUCCAGCUCCAUCACCUACGCCUGCUGGGAAGGUUACAAAACAUCAGGGCUGACGACACGGCACUGUACGGCUAACGGGACCUGGACUGGAUCUGCUCCCGACUGCACAGUUACUGAUUGUGGUGACCCUGGUGCGUUGGCUAAUGGUGUUCAUCUGGGAAAUGAUUUCACCUACAACAAGACAGUAACAUACCAGUGUAACCCAGGCUUCUGGAUGGAAACACCUAUGUCCUCUACAUUACGCUGCAUGAAGAAUGGUUCUUGGAAUCAGACCAAACCAGCCUGCAAAGUAAUCGCUUGUACACAACCUCCCCGUGUUCUUCACGGGAGAGUGCAAGGGUCAGAUUACAGGUGGGGCUCCAGCAUCAGCUACACGUGUUCUGAAGGAUAUCAGCUUUCCCUAUCGGCUAUUCUGACCUGCGAAGGAAAUGGCGUUUGGAGAGGUGAAGUCCCACAAUGCUUACCCGUUUUCUGUGGCGAUCCAGGGACUCCAGUCGAGGGGCGGAUUGAGGGGAGAAGUUUCACCUAUAAGUCUGAGGUCUCGUUCCAUUGUCGACCUCCUCUGUUGCUGGUGGGAUCAUUCAGAAGAUUUUGUCAAGCCGAUGGGUUUUGGAGUGGAAUUCAGCCGUCCUGCAUUGAUCCAACACAUACAAUAUGUUCAGAUCCAGGCACCCCUCAUUUUGGAAUGCAGAACAGCUCACAAGGCUACGAGGUGGGAAGCACGAUAUUUUUCAAAUGUCGAAAAGGAUACCACAUUCAAGGCUCCACAACACGCGCCUGCCUUGCCAAUUUAACUUGGAGUGGUGUACAUCCUGAAUGCAUCCCCCACAACUGCAGACAACCAGAAACCCCUCCCAAUGUGGACGUGAGAGCCAUUGAACUGCCGACGUUGGGAUACACCUUGCUUUACACCUGCCAGCCGGGAUUGUACCUGGCCGGGGGAUCAGAGCACCGGGCAUGCAGGAGUGAUGGCAAGUGGUCGGGGAAGCCACCAGUCUGUCAAGCUGGACCCAAAAUAAAUGGAAGCCCAAAAGGUACUGAUCCAGGGUCACAUAGAACCAAAGCUCCAGUUCCUCCAGAUGUAUUUGCUCAAAAUUCUGUUUGGAAGGGGUUCUAUGAAUACCUUGGAAAGAAACAGCCAGCAACACUAACAGUUAAUUAUUUUAAUGUAUCCAGUGGUCGAGUGAAUGUUACAUUCAUUGAGCACAGUAGCAUGGAACUCAAGCUAUCAGGAAUCUAUAAAAGGGAAGAGACUCGACUUUAUUUAAAGGUGUAUCAGAUUAAAGGACCUAUUGAGAUCUUUGUGAGCAAGUUCAGAAAUGAUAACUGGGCUUUGGAUGGUCAUGUAUCCGCUGAACCCGAAGGGACUUUUGUCUACCAGGGGUUCGUUCAAGGCAAAGACUUCCGGCAAUUUGGCUUUCAGAGACAAGGACCGCCAGGCGGAUCGCAGGACAAGUCUAAUUAUUACUACGGCACAAGCAGCAGUUCAGUAGCAGCUGCCAUCCUGGUCCCCUUCUUUGCCCUCAUUCUGGCAGGAUUUGCUUUUUACCUCUACAAACACAGAACAAGACCAAAAGUACAAUAUAAUGGCUAUGUUGGCCAUGAGAACACAAAUGGACAGGCUUCCUUUGAAAAUCCAAUGUAUGAUACUAACUUAAAGCCCACCGAGGCGAAGGCUGUGAGGUUUGACACAACACUGAACACUGUGUGUACAGUGGUAUAGCCAUCACUCAGACUGCUGACUAACUCAUAUUAGCCAUACCUCUACCUGGCGAGUGUCAACUCCUCCAGCGCCAUAUACCACAUCGCUCUGUCCUACCGCUUGCUCUACGGCAAUACUCUCUGAUGACGUUUGAUAGGACAAACAAGGAAAAUGGAGUUUUGUUUUGUGCUGGGUCAGUGCCCUCAGCCGACAAGUCCAAGCAAUUCUUUCAGACUUCUGACACAGGAAGAACCAAAACCAAGUACCGGAUGGGUUUGAAUCUUUCUGUUCUGGAUCCAAAUGGCAGAUAUAUUUUUUUUUGUUGGUUACAUAUUCUUCCAAGAAGAGAUGAAAAUAGACAAGGAGGACAAAAUCUAUACCGCCACUGACACUAACAGACUCUAAAUGAACUUAAUGUCAACAGCUGCCGGCAUCACACAAACAAGAUCAUCUUCCUAAAGCAGGGCAGCUUUGGAGUUGGAAAGUCUACUGCACAAUUCUUUGCACUAGUGCGUUAUGAAUGAAUGAGUAGGAUACUGGCAUCAAUUAGAGUACAGGGUUUCUAACACACCGACCAUUGUACAUAACAAAAAACAUUUGCUUUAAAAGAAUUACGUUUCCAUGGCUGAACAUCACAUAACCUUAUCAAUGCUAAUAGAUAUUAGAACAAUGCAAUAUUAUUUCCUUCAGAUUUGCAUUCUUAUAGAGUUGGUUUCUAUCGAGGUUAGGCUUGUGUGUGGAAACAAAAAUCAAGAAUUUUUAUGGUUCCUUUGGAAAAAAAGGGAAUUGGAUAUUGUUGUUUGAAUAAGUUGUUAUAAGCCAAAAAAAACUGGAUUUUUAAUACAAUAUUAUAUUUCCAAA